CGUACAGUUCUUGCAGAACCUGGUCGGAGGUGUGCUGAUGGUUCUGGUGGCAGUGGGCUUCAAGACCAAGUUGGCAGCGCUGACCCUGGUGGCCUGGCUGCUCUGCAUCAACUUCACCUUCAACGCCUUCUGGACCGUGCCCUCGUACAGACCCAUGCACGACUUCCUCAAGUACGACUUUUUCCAGACCAUGUCGGUGAUCGGGGGACUGCUCCUGGUGGUGGCCAUGGGUCCGGGGGGCGUUUCUAUGGACGAGAAGAAGAAGGAGUGGUGAGGCGGAGGAGGUGUAAGAAAAAGACUGAUGAGAGAGAUAGGUCAGUGAUUAUAACA